AUGGGAGGGCCGGCUUGGUAUACUGCUCACGGUAUUCCUACAGCUCGUCAGGCUCUGCUGUUCCGCCGUUGUCAGCGCACCGCCAUGAACGGUGAGGUAUCCACGUUCACUUUCGCACGCCCCUCCCACACACACUGACUGAGAUCUGCCACUUGUGUUGAUUUGCAGCCGGUCUUUCUCCUGGGUGGCGAGCGUUCCUUCUCCGUGGCCUUCACGACCACUGGGACGACAUCGAGCUCGAUCGCCAGCGCUCUCAGUCGCUGGCGGACCCGACGGACAUGACCGCGCCACCGAAGCAUCGCCAAGUGUGGCUCACCGCGGCGAGUGCCGAGCGCAUCAUCGGUCAGCAGGGGUAGCAGCUGGCGCUCCUCCCGGCGGCCAUCGACCAGGACGCCCGGGACCGGCCCCUCCGCCACCUGUUCCGCCUGCAGGCCUUCCGCAAACCGAAUAUGAACCUGACCGACCAGGCGGCUCAUCAGGGCGGCCAGUGCUGCGUCCUCGUGUACUGGGGAGGGGAUCUCGUGGAUGAGGUGCGUUACGUGCCGGUCGACAAGGAUACCGGUGAGAAGCUGUGUGCGACGUGUUUGGUGCCGUGUGCUGAUGGCACCGGCGGCAUCUGCGGCAAGCAGAACACCUUCGGCAACGUCGUCAAUUCUCACCUGCGCAAGACACACAAACUGACAGACGAGACUGCGCAGGUGUGUGUGUGAUGGGGAAGACAUGUCUGCACAUUGACGGCCUCAUGUUUGCUGUGUUGUACUGCGUGGUGUCUGCAGUGGCUUCCUGCCCCUCCUGGGCCAUCGGCGGCGCCGAUGACUGUCACCAGCGCACGUACGAUGCGAUGCGAUGCGAUGCGGGGGAUUGAAUGUGUUGUCCAUCCACCGUAUCUGUCAUUCUGCAGAUGUGUACCACCACCAGAACAGAGGGCCCACCCAUGACCUCAAUGCGUCUCGCAGAAGUCUCGGGUCGAGGGGUGAGUGUCGAGGACAGCACAGCCGUCUGCAUACGUACGCCGUAUUGAUUGAUGCCUCUGUUUGUGUGUCAGACGUGGAAGUUCUUAGAAUAUGGGUGCCGGGAGAGAACACGGUGCAGCAGCUCAGGAACUUCGCCGCCAAGUGGCCCCGCGACAUGAUCGUAGAGGAGUUGGUUGUGCAGAGGGACGCACCGAUGACCGAUGGCCGAUACCUCAGGAUCACCUACGUGCCAGACAGAGGUACACCCACAUACAAGCAGACCUGCGAGCACUCUCUAUCUCUUUCUGUGGGUGCGUGUGUGUCUCUAGUGCCCUGUCGAGCUUUCCUGAAGUGGCUCAGCCGGGAGAUUCCGCAUCAAGUGGAUGAGACCAUGGCGAGUCCAGUCACGCAGCAACAAGUGGGUUUGCAAGCAGGCAGCCAUGCAGCCAGGAGGAAGGGCAUAGUCAGGCUGCCAUACAGGCAGAGUGUAUCACAUUGGUGCAGGCAUCUGACCAGGGGGAUGCACCCCCUCCCCCAGACGGGCAGCUGCAGACGGGACAGGUACGUGUGAGUGAUGUGGGAAGGCACUGCAGCGCGUCGUGAAGACAUCCAUCUCUGUGCUGUCUCGCUGUCAGACUUACCUUCUGCAGCCCCAACCCAGCACACAGAGCGGUGAGGAACAGCACACGCAAGAGUCAGGACAACACGUUCACACGUCUGUCUACUGGCGUUGUGUGCUGCUCGCUGCAGGGCACCCCAUCACACGCGACGACAUUGCGCGUGCGCUGCGCGCUGAGCUCGACUACGAGGUCGGCUUCGACACUGUCCGACGGUUGGUGGACAUCUUCAACGGUGAGCGUAUACAAACAGGUCGACCAGAUCUGCUCACUCCUGGUGAUGUCUGCAUUUCACCGCAGGCGCCCGACACGCCGUCGUGCAGUUCGUCCGUCAAGGUGAGCAUGCAGCAGACGAUAUAGGCCUAUACAAAUGCGUCUUUUUCUCCGUGUCUGCAGCCGGGUACAGCUGCUCUGAGACAGAGCUCCUGACGAUGGCAGCCGCUAUGCAGGGUGAGUCUCCAGCACAAUCGAAUGAGGAUCGAUUGACUGGCGGCCCUUGUGGACACUUUCACGUGUCGUGUGCAGAUGCUCCAGUGCAUCCUCCAUCUGACGCUGGUGAGAUUUGGCCCUCAGAAGCACGGGGGUGCGCCAUCCAUGUGUUGUUAUCCUUGUGCUUCUGUCUACAGAUGGCGAACCUCCGUCGCUGGGUGACUUGCUGGACAGCAAGGAAGGUCCCUUGCCGGCAGGAGACCGGCAGGGACAUUUGGCUGCUGCGGCCGCUGGGGAGCAGGGCGGUCACUACGUCACCCCAGCAAGUAGGAACUAUAUGACAGUGUCAGCAAGGCCUUCCCCUUGUCCAUGGGACCGUGUCUGCAGGGGACGUCUUCGAGUUCGUCAAGGCCAAGGAUGGCCGCCGGCGUGAGAUCCAUGACGCCAGAUCCCACAAAUCAGUGAAUAUGGCCUCGUCGUCAGCAGCCGAGCAGGUGGCAAGAUACCCCCGUGCCUGCAACUUGAAAGUGUGUUCCAUCUGUCUACCACAGCCAAGUGCUGCUGCUGCUGCUGCUGGAGAUGCUGCCCCUGCUGAUUUCCUUAUCUCUCCGUUGCCAACCGUCCCGGUGAGGCCAAACAGAAACGUUUGAGCAGAAAUGUCGGAAGCUGGAUGGCUGACAUGCGUCCAUGGCUGCAUUCUGUGACCGUCUGUCAGGCCGCAGACGGACGCCGUGUCCAUCAGGUGCCCCUGCUGCCUGCCCACCACCACAUACAAGGGUGAGCCUCGAGCAACCCACACACACAGCACCACACCCGACCGCUUUGCCUUUGCCUGUGCCUGUGUCUGUGUCUGCUUUCCAUUCAGUUUCCAUCGCCAUUGGCAGCCAUAUCCUCACCUGUCGGCACUGAGCAGCGAUGCACAGGGAAUCGCUGCACAGGGACAUAUGGCGUCACAGGCAAGCCGUCAAGCGAAGACGACAGCGACACGACGGUUAGGUUAUUGUGCGUGUGUGUUUCUUUCAUUCAGCCGUCGCACGUCUAUGCUCCAGCAACGGGCCAUUCGAACAACGCCCCCCACUCACCCGUCAGUGAGGUACCAAUGGGACGAAGCACAUUCACACACAGCGGGCCCAUCUGUCCCUGCGGUGCCAGGCUCAGGUGAUGGCUGAAGACUCUCCACCGUUGCAGCACCCAUUGGGCCAAAAUGACCUCCGUUACUCACCACCUCACUUCAACGGCGCGGCGCCGGUGAUACGACAGCAGCAGUGCGAUGGUGCCUUCAUGCAGCACUUUCCCGGGGUCCACUGGCAAUGCUGGUGAGCUGCAGCUGAAUGCGUGUUUCCAUUUCUACGUCUGCCCGUCUCGCUUGAGGGUCAACCAGGUGGCCCCGACAUACACAUCAGCCGACGUCAAUGGGCCUCCAGCCAAUCCGUUUGCCGCGGCAUCACAAGCCGGUGGGUUAAGGAGGCACAUCACACUGGUCUUUUCUCCAUCUCUCUGCUUUCUGUAGGUGUGUGUGAGCCCAUCCCAAUGUACGGCGGCGCUCCACCAGAAGCUUCCCCCGGGCCGCCCUCGCAUCCCUACGACAAUAUGAGCAGUGGCACAUAAACAGUACGCCACUCACCUCAUUUGCAAUGUAUUCGGCGCUCGUCAUUGUAUCGUUUAGGCUAUGGGCGAGGCCGGCGACCGGCCCCAGCUGAGCUGGCAUCGACCGCGAAACUCCCCAAGUAAGGAAUCGGUGUCAACAUCCACAAAUAUGGGAUUCACUCUGCUGUCCUUGAUCAGUGUUCUCGGGCUGCUCUGGGGUCGACGCUGAAGGAGAGAGGGGGCGCGGCGACGACAGCAACUAG